GUGCGUUCAAGUCCCAAAGCUGACAUUUCUGAGAGCACGUGAAGGCAACACUCGUGUCACGGGGUGCGGAAAUACGGAACCGUUGUUUUGCUAAUUAUUAGCUCCGAUGCUAUCAGCGACAUCCUGUCUGUUUCUUGUUAAAUCUGUCCGUAAAUAACAAGUAAACAACACCCAUGGUCAGGAUGACCCAGAAACACUGCCUGGAGGGCCAGGUGUACUCAGUACCUCUCAUCCAGCCAGACCUGAGGAGAGAGGAGGCUGUCCAUCAGAUAGCAGAUGCAUUACUGUACUUGGAGACCAUCUCUACAGAUAUUUUCAAAAGGGUGUCUGACAGUGUAGAGAAGAACCGCCGCCAGCUGCAGACCGUCACUGACCGGAUCAGACUAGCUCAGGCCCGCGUAGACAAGAUCAAAGGCAGUAAGAAGGCAACCAAGGUUUUCUCCAGUGCCAAGUACCCGGCCCCAGAUCGACUUCGGGAUUACUCAUCUAUCUUUAUCGAGGCUACAGACCCCUCCUCACAAACUCGCCCCAGACACAGGAUACAGAAUAAACUUCGACCCUUUGAUGAAAAGGCUUUGCAGGAGAAGUUGAUGUAUUUCCCAGUGUGUGUGAGCAAUAAGAAGAAGUCUGAGGAUGAGACAGAGGAGGGGCUGGGUAGUCUGCCACGCAACAUCUCAUCUGUCAGCUCCCUGUUGCUCUUUAAUACUACAGAGAACCUAUAUAAGAAGUAUGUGUUCCUUGAUCCUCUGGCGGGAGCAGUGACAAAAACACACACAACACUAGAGACCGAAAAAGAAGAGAAGCCGUUUGAUGCUCCGCUGUCCAUUACGAAGAGAGAGCAACUGGAGAGACAGACAGCAGAGUCUUAUUUCUAUGUGCCAGACUUGGGCCAGGUGCCUGAGAUUGAUGUGCCAUCCUACCUGCCAGAUCUGCCAGGCAUCGCAGACGAUCUGUCUUACAGUGCGGAUCUCGGGCCUGGCUUCGCCCCGUCAGGACCCACACACAUCCCUGAGCUGCCCUCCUUUUCUGAGGAGAGCAACGCUCCUGGACCUCAGCUCCAACCUAAUGUUCCACCUCCUCCACCACCUCCACCUCCACCUCCUGAACCUACCCUGGCUGCACCCAUCCCUGCAGGAGCUCCCCCUCCACCACCACCUCCACCUCCUCCUCCUGUUGACGGCACUAUGGUGUCUCAAGCACCAAGUUCAGGCCCCGUGUCUGGUGCUCCCAGCGAGGUGGUUAAACCGUCAGACGGCCGUGCCAGUCUCCUAGAGUCUAUCCGCAACGCCGGAGGCAUUGGCAAAGCACAGCUACGCAACGUUAAAGAACGCAAGAUGGAGAAGAAGAAACAGAAGGAACAAGAACAAGCAGUGGGAGCGGCAUCUAGUGGCGGAGACUUUAUGUCUGAUCUCUUUAAUAAGCUUGCCAUGCGAAGGAAAGGCAUAUCUGGUAAGGGUCCAGUAGGUGGAGAGACAGGGGAAGCUCCCGCUGGGACCGGCAGUGCAUUUGCCAGGAUGUCAGAUGUCAUCCCACCACUCCCUGCCCCACAUUCAACAACAGACGACGAUGACUGGGAGGCAUAACAUGAUGGACAAUGAACACUUGAAGCGCUGAUAACGAAAGUGUUGGAUAAUUAUGUGUACAAAGGAAUCACUCGAUAUUUUAAAAAGCUCUCCUGCUAACAGAAACUUGAAAAUGUAAUUGUCUUAAUAAUAAGUGUAUUAAUUUGUCCACUCAGUUAAACAAAACAUCACUAAAACUCAAAGGAUAACCAUUUAUUGAUACUGGUAUUCAUUGUAGAACAUAUUUUCAUAAAGUUAAACAAGCAGAUAUUAGAACACUCACUGAAACCAUUUUACUAAUGUCCCUCUAUUAAAUAAAAGUAUUUUUUUGCAUUGCA